CUCCCUGUAACCUUGACCUUAAAAUGUCAACAAUCGUUGAGAUGGAAGACUAGUAGAAUUCUUAUAUAAAACUGUUUUAUGUUGAAUAUCCUCUCUGCAAAUCACACAUUUCGUGAUAUGCGAUAGCGUUUAAGCACUUCGACUUUUUUUUAAACACAACUGUUUGAAAAGUAACCUGUUGUCGAUCAAGUUUAGGAACAGUAACAUUUUUACAUUGAAAUUUUUAUCAACAAAUAUGUCUGCAUCAAUAAGGCUUUGCAGUAGCCCUGUUCGUCAUAUGGUUGCUUCUACCUUCAGAAGAAACAUUGUUUGUGUGCAGAGGGUUUCUGAUGUAAGAAUUUUCAAAGUAUGGCAACAAAUAAGUGCUGCCCCAGGCAGUUAUCGAUUUAUGUGUACCGGGAAAGAUGGCGGAGGUGGGGAGGAAGGAGGUGGAGGAGGAAAAAAUUUCAAACCACCUGGUGACAUAAAAUCCUUUAAGUGUCAUAAAUGUGGCCACGAAAAUAAAUAUGAUUUAGCUGGUAAAGAAAAGAAAUUUUCGGUAUUGGUUUGCCAGAACGAGGACUGUAAAGCCAGCAUCAUAGUAGAACCAAUUAGUUCCCCAGAACCACCAAAACCACCUAAACCAGAAAUCACGGUCAACUACAAGCCUGAAGAUAUUCACAAGUUUUUGGACCAGCAUGUAAUAGGACAGAAGAAAUGUAAGAAAUAUCUAGCUACACAAGUGUACCAACAUGCCAGAAAGAUUCAGAAGAUAAUGAGUGAACAACAACAGAAAACUGCACAGGUGGAAACAGAUGUCAAAAUGAAGGACUUUGAAUUGCAGUUCAGAGCAUUCCUAGGAAAUUCAGGAAAGGUGGUCCCUUUCCAGACCCAAUAUCAAGGGACAGGAAAGUUUGAAAAGAUAUCGAAACGAGAGAAAAAAUUACUUGCACAAAAAAUGAGUACGACUUCUACUUCUGUUAUGGCUAUCUAUCAUUAUCUAGACUCAUUGAUUCUGGUACCAGGGACAACAACCACUUCCUCUAAGCUCACCAACAGACAUGAGGGUUAUGGUAAAAAAGCUCUUCAGACAAGUCCUCUUGGUCUUGGAACCACCCCACAGCAACAACAACCAUACCCUAAGAUAGAUAUCAUAGAAACAAAUAAAGAAGUAGAAACCUUCAUUAGAAAGAGUAAUAUGUUCCUGAUAGGUCCAACAGGAACAGGUAAAACACUUCAAGUAGAAACGCUAGCUAAAUGUUUGAAUCUUCCGUUUGCUAAAUGGGACUGUACCAAUCUGACAUCAGCUGGGUAUGUCGGUGAGGAUGUAGAAUCUGUGAUAGAGUUGUUGUAUCAUAAUGCUGGACAAGAUGUACAAAAAUGUCAAACAGGUAUUGUGUAUUUGGAUGAAGUUGAUAAGCUGAGGAAGACAGCAGGUUUAAAUGUACGAGAUGUUGGCGGAGAAGGGGUACAACAGAGUCUCCUUAAAAUAUUGGAGGGUAGUGUUGUUAAUAUUCCACAAGAUAGAGGAUCCAAUAAAAGGUUAAAAGACAAAGAAACUGUUCAGAUAGAUACUACCAACAUACUGUUUAUAUUAUCUGGAGCGUUUACUGGAAUAGAAGACAUUGUCCGCAGACGAGUUUCGAAAGAUACUAGUUUUGGUCUUGGUGCCGCAAAAGUUCAAAGUGAAACAGAGUUACAAGCACAGAAAAAUAAAGCAAUUCUGAGCAAAGCAGAAGUUGAAUUUCAAGAGAGAAAUAAUUUACGUGAAAAACUUGAGGAAAAAGAUAUUAUAGACUAUGGAUUCUUACCAGAAUUUGUGGGACGUGUAGCAAUCAUUGCGACAGUCCAAGAUCUUACUGUAGACGAUUUGAUAAGAAUAUUAACCGAACCGAAGAGUUCUAUCGUAGCACAGUAUAAACAGAUGUUUGCAUUAGAUGAUUGUGAUCUUGAAAUAGAAGCUGGUGGCUUAAAGGCAAUAGCAGAGAAAGCUUUUGAAAAGAAAGUAGGAGCCAGAGGACUGAGAGCUAUAAUGGAGUCACUAUUUUUAGAUAUUAUGUACCACCUUCCAGAUUUAAAAUCUGUGAUAAUUACUGAAGACUUUGUGAGGGGUAAAGCUGAAGCUAUCAUUGUUAAGAAGCCUGAAGAAGUAGUUGAAGUGUACGGAUAGCUCACAAAUAUAAUUAGAGAUCAUUUAUUCAUUAUGUGUAUAACAACAUUUUCAGGGAAAUUUUAUAAUUGUAAUAGGACUACAUAAAUUUGAAAUGAUUAUUGUAAAGAGACAUUAUCUCAACAAAACAUGUCAUAAGGCUGUGAUAAGUUAUUCCUUUUUCAUGUUUAAUUCAUUGGGAGUAAUAUUUUUACUGGAGAAAUUGUGGAAAAAAAAGAACUAAUAAGUAUAUAGUAAACUUGAAUAUUUUGAGUUGAUACACCCUUAAAUUUAAAAUUUAGAAAUUAAAAAAAAAAAUUGCAACUAAAGGGAAAUAAUUUCAAUAGAUUAAUAUUCUCUAUGCUUUAGACAAGGAAGAAAAUGGUUAGAUUAUUGAAAAAAAGUAUCUUCGAAUCAUAGAAAUGCCAUGACUUUAUAAUAGAAAUAUAAUUCAAAAAUUUUCAAAGAAUUGUAGAAAAUAUUUUAAUCAGUUGAAUCCAAUAUAAGUUUUUUUAUUGCCUUAAUUAUUUUUAAUCAGUUUAAUAUAAGCUAGACUUCUGUUCUAUAUCUGUAGUUCAUGUUAAUUUUGUGAAAACAGUAAUCAUACUACACCAGGCAUUCAGUUAAAACUCAGAUUGAAGUUAUGGUUUUGUAAAUACCUUGUGUACAUUUGCAUAAUGGAGUAUAAAUGCUUAUUUUCAUUGUAUGGGAUGGGGUUGUAUGUGAAAGUGUAUGAGGUAUGUCUUGUCAUUUGAAGUCUUUCAUGUUUGCAGUGCUGAAAACAAGUUGAUACGUGUGUGGAUAUACAUUAAUUAUGUACAUUUUAUUGUCUGAAUCAUCUGACAUUAAUGAUUUUAGUCCUUUGAAUUAAAUUCAUUUGUCAUUGUUUGUAUUUUUAUGUGUGUCUCAUCAUUUGAUUGCAUAAAGCUAAAAAAAUAAAAAAAAAUCUUAAAGAAUAAAGAAUAUUUAAAAAAAUAUAUAAUCUUCAAAACUGUAAAAAUAUUCCACUAAUCUUUAUUAAAGUAUUAAAUAUUGACUUCAUGUGUGAAUUUCUAUAAAAUAUAUUUGCACUUGUGACAAAUUUUCAUAUACUUUGUGCAUAUCAACGAAUGGUUUUAUAAACAUGUAUUUAAAAGACUUGUUUGAUUUGCUAGAUGUUUUAUUGACAUGUUGUUAGUUUUGAAAAGUGAUAUUAUAUAUGGUCAAUAAUUUAUUGAAUUAUUAAAAUUGUAUCAAAUAUCCUUUUGCGGUAUUUUAUUCCUUAAUUAAAUGUUUACUGUUUUGACAUUUCAAUUUUUCUUUGUUGCUUUCCUUUAUAUUAAUGGUGUGAAGAAUUGAAAGAAAUGUCUUUGUCUUCAAACAGUUAUUCCCAUCAUGUUUUUUCAUAUUAUGAAAUAAUUGAACAGAAAGUACUGGAUGUUAUAGUAUAUGAAUUCUUUAUUUCGAAAAAUUUACAAGAAUAUUUACUGUAACUGUUUUAACCAUCAAUGCAGAUUAAGAAACUAAUGUUUUAAUACAAAUUUUAUCAUGAUGUUUGCAUAAUCACAUCAAUAACACAUAAAGUACCGAGUGAAUAUACAAAGUAAUAUUAUUUUAUAAUAAUUGUUUCUGAUUGUUUUUAAAACUGUAUUUUAAUGACCUGGAUCCAUACAGCUUUUUGAAAUUUUUGCCAUUUGAUCUAGAAUUCUUAAUUCGUUUCAAUAAUAUGUGCACCCGGUAAUAUGUGGACUACUGAUGUAAACACUCAAAUCUGUUGUGUAAAUUAUUAUCUUAUUAUAUGAAAUGGACCCUGAUAUUGGGUUUGGUCAUUCUAUAAGAUAAGAUCAGUGCAUAUUUUUUAAUUCAGCUUUUUUUUUUUUUUUUAAUCAAGAAUGAAAAAAAAUAUCGUUAAAACAAAUAUGUUUACUAUAGUUUCUCAUAAACGAGGUUAUAGUGGGCUUAAAACAAAUAUUUAUCAGAGAAUAAGUCAGUGUUUUAUGAUUUGAACAUACAUAUUUGUUCACAAAAUUGUUAUCAAUAAAAUAUACUUUGUAAAA